GAAACUCUCAUAUAUAUCAUAUUAAUCUAUUGCUGAUAAAAUCUUUCGACAUAGAUAGAUAUGGGUAUGAGGGGAUUUUUUAUGGUUUUUAUUAUGUUGUGUACACUUUUAUGUUAUUGCAAGUCUGAUGAACAACAAGUAGAAUUAUUAAGAGAUGAACUUCUGGAAAUAGAGAAUCAACUUGUGCGACUAAACAAGUCAUCAAUCAAGGCUAUUAAAACACAACAUGGAGAUAUUUAUGAUUGUGUUGAUUUUUACGAACAACCAGCAUUUGAUCAUCCAUUACUAAAGAACCACAAGUAUGAUUUUGGGAUGAGACCUUCUUCUCAUCCUUACAAAAUGGUUAGGAGAUACAAGCCUCCAAAGAAUGUGGAACAAGUAUCGAUAAAUAAUGGGUUAAAGGGUGAAAAAUGUCCAAUUGGAUUUGUUCCAAUAAGAAGAACUACUAAAGAAGAUCUUAUCAGAGCCAAACUAUUUACGAAGUCUUAUACUUCAAGUAUUAAUUCUCCUCCUACUUUUCAUCAUGCGCUUGUUUACACAUCUGAUCCAACUAAGAAAUACAAUGGAGCUGGAACAACUGCAAGCUAUUACACACUAUAUAAUGUUACUGGCUCACAAUAUACUUUUGGUCGAAUGAAGUUACAAAAUGAACAUGAUAUCAUUCAAGCUGGUUGGGGAGUAAAUCCUAGUCUAUAUGGAGAUGAUCAAACUCGAAUCUUGAUAUAUUUUCAGGCUGGUCAAAUAUCUUGUUUCAAUACAUUGUGUCCAGGAUUUGUUUUAGUUUAUCCUCAACCUAUGAUCGAAAUGACUUUCAACGAAACCCUUCCUGGCAAAUUACCUACAUGGGAAUUUGAUUUAAAUAUUUAUCGGGAUAACAUUACCGGAAAUUGGUGGCUUCAAUUUGGGACGGAUCUUGCUCAUGUUGGAUAUUGGCCAUCAAGCAUAUUUAGUGGUGGAUUGAAAGACUUGGCUACAUAUGUUGAUUGGGGAGGAGAAACUUACAGUCCACUUGGUCAAAUCGGUCCUCCAAUGGGUUCUGGUUUACUUCUAAAACAAGAUACUCGUUAUGAUGCAUAUUGCAGAGCAUUAACAACUAUAAAUGAGGCACACAUACAAGAAGAUGCUAAACACACACAUAUUUCAUCCAUCGAUAUUGACUUUUAUUUAGUUAAAGAUUGGGGAUUUAAAAGUGACUUUGGACAUCUCAUGACAUAUGGGGGCCCUGGUCCUAGAUGAUUUAUUUACAUUGUAAUACUAGUAAAAUAAAUUUUUCAUGAAAAAAAUAAAUAAAUGUAUUAUUAUUUGUGUUUUUGAUAGACUUUAUUACAUAUAAAUAUAAUGUUGGAUUGAAAGUC